CACACUACCCCAAGCGAAAAUGGCGCUUCUCGUCCUCGUCCUCGUCCUCAUCCUCAUCCUCGCGAACAAGCUCUUUAGCUGCCUCCGCUACAAGCUGCCGCCAGGGCCGCGGCCACGGCCCAUCGUGGGCAACCUGCCAGACAUAAAGCCGGUGCUGGUGCGGUGCUUCACAGAGUGGUCGGAGAAAUACGGCCCCAUCUUCUCCGUGUACCUCGGGUCCCACCUCAAGGUGGUGGUCAACACGGCGGCGCUGGCGAAGGAGGUGCUCAAGGACAACGAUCUGCAGCUCGCGAACCGCAACCGCACAAGGCAGAUCAACAAGUUCAGCAAGAAUGGCAUGGAUUUGAUUUGGGCCGACUAUGGCCCUCACUAUGUCAAGGUGAGGAAGCUCUGCACUCUCGAGCUCUUCUCGGCAAAGCGCCUCGAGGGACUCCGCCCUAUUCGAGAAGACGAGGUCACCGCCAUGGUCGAGUCCAUUUUCAAGGACUGCUCCAAGCCUGAAAACAAGGGAAAAGAAGUGGUGGUGCGUGAGUACUUGAGCACGAUGGCAUUCUUGCACAUAACAAGGCUAACAUUCGGGAAGCGAUUCAUAGACAGUAAUGGCGUGAUUGAUGAACAGGGCCAAGAAUUGAAGAACAUACUCGACAGCUCACUCAAAUCCGGCACCAAGAAAUCCGUAAUUGCGGAGUUUCUCCCGGCGUGGUUCAGCAUCUUCUUCAAGAACGAGAACGCUGCCCUGGACGCACACAACGCUCGUACCGAUAGCUUCACGAAGAAGAUCAUGGCAGAGCACACCCUCGCUCGCCGGAACACCGGCAGCAGCAAGAACCAUUUCGUAGACGCUUUGCUCACACUCCAAGAGGAGUACCAACUGAGUGAAGACACUGUCAUUGGCCUCCUUUGGGAUAUGAUCUCCGCGGGUUUAGACACAGUUGCCAUAACGGUGGAGUGGGCCCUGGCGGAGCUGGUGAGGAACCCUCGGGUGCAACACAAGGCACAAGAAGAGCUGGAUCGCGUGAUAGGACAAGGCCGUGUCAUGACGGAGGGCGACAUCUCGAACCUCCCUUACUUGCAGUGUGUGACUAAGGAGUGCUACAGGAUGCACCCUCCCACGCCCCUGAUGCUCCCCCACAAGGCGAGCACGGAUGUCAAGAUCGGGGGCUACGAUGUCCCAAAAGGCUCCACCGUGAACGUGAACGUGUGGGCCAUUGCUCGGGAUCCGGCCGUGUGGAAAGACCCUCUUCAGUUCAGGCCGGAGCGGUUUCAAGAGGAGGAUGUUGAUGUGAAGGGCACCGACUACCGGCUACUACCCUUUGGGUCCGGGAGACGGAUUUGCCCCGGGGCACAACUUGGUAUAACCCUGGUGACUUCGUUGCUGGGACACAUGUUGCACCACUUCACGUGGAUUCUUCCUCAUGGGGUCGAUGACAUUGACACGAUGGAGCAACCUGGAACGGUUACUUAUAUGGGGAAGCCUCUCGAGGCUAUUCCUAACCCGAGACUUCCAGUCGAGCUUUACAAGCGCCUAGAUGUGGGAAAUAUAUGAACUCCACUCUCUCACUCUGUAUUCUAUGUCUUGUUUUGUUUUCAAUUUCUCGACGUUUUUCAUUGCCAAUAUAGAUUUCUUUGGACUGCA